AUGCCCAUUGAUAGUACCAUGAGGUCGACAGUACUUCGUUUCGAUCGCUUUUUUACUCGUGCUGAUCCAGCCAUGCAAAAACGAGUACAAAAAGCAUUGGACGUCAUGCGGAGUGCUAUUGAUAUUUUCGGUCUUGAGGGCGUGUGUUUCAGUUUUAAUGGUGGCAAAGACUCGACGGUGGUGCUUCAUUUGCUUCGUAUUGUCGUAGCUAAACGUGUGCUGGAGGAGGUACAAUUGGCACAUUGGAAGAUCCAACAGAAAGCUGAGGGUGGGACAACUGUGACAUCACCGCGAAAUAGCUUCGUCUCGGUGGAUUUACUGGAUGAACAAGAACUCGAAGCUCGAGUCAAGCACAAUUGCAACACGUGCCGGUUACCUAUUUUGACUCAGAAACUCAAGAUUAAAGGCGUGUACAUGGGCGUACGUGGAGGAGAUCCGCACGGAAAAUUUGGAGCACUUUUUCGCCUAGCAUUGGAAUACUGCUCAUUGUACGACCACGGAUAUACAUCGCUGGGAAAUAUUUUCGAUACUGUGCAGAACCCAGAGCUUUGGCGGAAGGGUGAGAUGGGCAAGGAGGGAUACUAUUUGCCUGCAUACAAAUUGAAGGAUGGAAGUUCUGAACGCUGCGGGCGACUGAAGAAGGCGCACACGACUUCAAAGUCUGACUGA